AUGGAUGCAUCAACAAACUCUGCACCUCAAAAACAAAAGCGUUUUCUAACUGCUAAAUACUUGCAUGUCGGUUACAAUCAAGGUAGAGAUUUGGGCUACAAACAAAAGCCGUUCAAGUAUGUCAAAAAGGAGUUGUGCAAACCCAAACCAAAUCCAUUCCUCAAAGCUGAGAAUAAAAAUCGGAUCGAGCUUGAGAAGAAAGAGGCUGAAAAAGAGGCAGCUUGGCUGAGAAUGGAGGCUGCUGCUGCUAAGCUCGCGGAACAUAAAAACUUGAAGGAUAAACAUCUUUUACAGCGCCAGAAAACAAAGAUAUUCCUUGGGAAAAAAACUUUGAAAGGCCAACCUUUGAUGGUCAACCAAAUCAAGCAUUUGGUAGGAAAAGUUUACAAGAGUUUAUAA